AUGAGCAACCAAGAUUGCCAGCCGAACUUGUCGCCGCAAGCCAUCCGACAGACUUUGAGGGAGAAACGUAAAGGCAGGAAAUUACGACCCUGCUUCCCGUGUCGUCAACGGAAGGUCAAAUGUGACGACUCACGACCUUGCAAAAAAUGCAUCGAGCGUUCGCAUGAAGAUCUCUGCUUAUACGAGCCUCCCCGACACGCUGAGACAGACUCAAAACCCAGACCAAAAUCAAAUGUUCAGAGUAUUGAAUCCGAGGAUAAACACCGACCCUCCCCUACACUAGCAUCUGAAGGGGCCACCGAGGAUGAAGAAGCCAGGGUCUAUCUCGGAGAACAAUCAAUCCCUUCAUUUGUCCAAGAGCAAGUACAGGAUGAAAGCCAUGCAGCAGAUCCUCGGACCGCUGAUUUGGGGAGUGAUGUAUUGCCCAUGCUUGGAUUGCAGGCGUCACCCCAGGAGCUCCUUCCGGACUGGCAAUCUCAGUCAGGUGGCCAGCCCACAUUGGGACAGUUUGACAUACUUCCAGGAAGGGAUGAGAUCCUAUCGAUUUUCUCUGAUUACCGGCACAUAGUCUAUCCGUUGUACCCACAUCUGACAUACAUCGAUGAUUUUGAGAUGCAGCUGUGCAGUUUCUUACAGAGUGAGCCACCUCUGGCGACUCCUGUGAGCGCAGAGCCAGGAUUAGUCAAGGACCUUGCUUGGCGGUCUUUGUUACUUGCAAUUCUGGCCUCUGGGACUCAAUUUUCCGGGAAACCUGCAAGCGAACGGCGACGAUGUUGCAGGCAAUACAUUUCAGCAUCACUGUGGUUUCUGAAUCUGACACAAGGAUUCAUUAGACCAAGCUUACAGAGCAUUCAAACACUUAUAAUCAUUGUCAAUGUCUUGCAAAAUGAGCUACUAACGGAGGCGGCGUGGACACUUCUUGGGCUGUUGAGCCGCCAGGCUCAAGCUUUGGGCCUCCACAGAGCCUCCGAUAAUUCUUCCCAAUCUGGCAACCUACAACUUUCCAAAUGUCGUUUAUGGUGGACAAUUGUGUGGCAGGACUCACUGCUGUCUGCUUGUUUCGACAGAGCACCCGUCACCGCCAUCAAGUCAGUGGCUCCUCUUUCAAUUCUUGGUGCCGAUAACAAAAGCUUCAAAUAUGAAGAAGCCAUGUACGCACUCGGCCAUCUCUUACUAAAACUUUGUGCUCGCAACCACACCAUAGAGCCACAGACGCCAACACAGGAAGGCAUCUUAUCGGAUUUGAACGAAGCACAACAUAUUAUCUCCAAUCUUUGCGAGAAUAUACGGGUUCGAGAAAAAUGUGACACGUUGCAACACCUAGUGCAACAUCACUGCUUCAAGCUGCAUUCAUCCUUUACGAUUGGGACUCUAUUACGCCCUUCAUUGAGCCCACGCAGAUGGGGGCACCUUGCCGCAGAUCAAAAGCAAGUAUUUGCCUCGCAAUGUAUUGAGUCAUACAUCAGCUCUCUGGAGGCGUUUCUAGACCUCCAUGCUGUGAGUAUUGCUGCCAGUCGAUCAUGGGCCAUGCUCCACAACGGCCUGACAUCGGCACUUGUCCUCGCCAUCACCGGGCAAACAAGGCGAAGGCCAUCUGUGGCAAGACUGAACUCACGAUUGUUUGAGACCCUGACCCGCUAUUCUGCGGAGGAUGAGCAAGGAGGUCAUUUUUGGGGACCUCACUCUCGGGCUAUAAGCGCCCUGAAAAAGAUCGAUUUGCGUCGCAACGCAGAAACAACACAGGAAUACCGUCCGGCUGAUGAUAUUUCAAAUGUGGUACCGACCUCCUUGAAAUCUGGCCAACACUUGGAUUUGGAAAGACAAGAAACUAAUCUACCUGGCCCCAUGGCUGGUUCUACCUCUGGAAUUUCUCCGCAAGACCAGGGGUAUGACAACUAUGCAUUUGACCCGGAAAUUUUCAACGAUCUGUCCGCCUAUCUCCCUGCCUCCGAGCCCGGGAAUGACCUCGUUCUCGAUGAUAUUUUUGACUCUGUGCUUUGGGGCGAUUACGCCAGCUUGUAA